CGUAAAAUGCGCGCGUAAAUUCAGAAAGAAAAAUCACAUACAAUAAUUACUAGAGCUGUGAAGAAGAGCAAGAGCAAGCGAGCAGUACGAGAAGAAAAGCAAUAAUAAUAAUAACAAUAAUAAAUAGCAGAGAUUGCGAGCGAGCACAUGCUGAGCGACUAAAGUGUGUUUAAGCGUGAAUGAAGUGCGAGAAACAUAAACGAAGCAAACUUAACGCGCCGGAUCGAGUAAAAUGUUUGGCCAGCAAGCGAAAAUAUGCGCUGACGUGUUGUUGUAGUCAAUAAUAAUAAUAAAAAAAAUAUAAUAAUGAUGUUGUUGUUGUUGGCGCUGUUUAGUGCCAGGAACGCGCGCAGUCAACAGCAACAGCAGCAGGAGCUGCCGUGCCUUGAAUCAAUUGAUUGCGCCUAACUCGCAAGAAAAAGGAACUCAAUACGCAAGCGAAUCGAUAACGAUAACGAUAACAGCGCCGCCGCUACAGCUGGCACGCACACAUUUGUGCGUCAUGUUAGCAACGCGUACAACAACAAGAAAGCAACAACAAACGAAUAGUAAAGCAGACACAACGUUAACAUGGUACUAAGCACCGAAUGGUCACAGGUGGAGGUUAUCGAUCUGAUUAACGAUGGCAACGGCUUGGGCUUCAUUUUGGUGGGCGGUCGCAGCACGGGCGUGGUCAUCAAGGCCCUGCAGCCGGGCGGCGUCGCCGAGCGCGAUCAACGCCUGCAGUUGGGCGAUCAUCUGCUCCAAAUUGGCGAGGUGAACUUACGUGGGUUUAGCUCGGAGCAAGUGGCCACAGUUCUUCGUCAGACCGGAGCUCAGGUGCGUUUGAUAGUGGCGCGGCCCAUCGAGCCCACGGCCAUUGAUUACCACACGCUGGCCAGCAAUGCGCCCAUUAUACCAACUAAGCUCCUCUCCGACCCCGAAGAACUGUCGCGGCAUCUAUUUCAAAAUCCGAGCUUGGCCACGGCCACAGCCGCCGCCACCGCCUGCUCACCCAUGCAGGUGGGCACUCUGGUGGGUCUAAUCACAGGCGCCCCAGCGGGCGCAACAACAAUUGAUGCACUGAUUGCGCCAGCGCCGACGCCCGAUACGGAACUGGCCGACUUGCCGCUGCCACCGCUGCCCGCCAGCACGUCGGAGUCACGGACGGGCUCACAUCACUGCCUGCACGAUCUGGACAUUGUGCCGUUUUCCAUAUUGUCGCCGCCGCCUCGACAGUCGCUGCAGCUGCCGCUGGAGCAGCGCUGGAGUGAGAUCACAGCCGCUGGCGCUACGCCCACGCCACAGGCGGACGAAUGCGACGGCGAUGGCGACUACUGCUCGCUGGCCUCUGGCUCGCCGCUCAGCUGUGAUUCACCCGAAACGCAAACCUAUGUUGUGGAGCUGCACAAGAAUGUCUACGGCCUGGGCAUAACUGUGGCCGGCUAUGUGUGCGAGGAGGAGGAUGUCUCCGGCAUCUUUGUCAAGAGCAUCAUCGAGGGCAGCGCUGCCGAGAUGAGCGGCCAGAUACAAAUCAAUGAUCGCAUUGUGGCCGUGGAUGGACGCACGCUGGCCGGCGUGACCAAUCAUCAGGCGGUGGAGCUGCUGCGCAAUACGGAUAUUGUGGUGCAGCUGACCUUGGAGCGCUUCCUGCGCGGCCGCAAGUUCGAGCAUCUGCAGGUGGCGCUGACCGAACUCAAAGGCGGCCGCCACAACGAUGCCGACGCGCAGUCGCAGCUCUCAAUGCCAGCAUCGCCUUCAAUAGCCACGCUCAGCUGGCUGCCGCCCAAGUCGCAAGCGGACGCGGACUCGAUAGUCACAGAUGCUGGCGAUGCACAGAUGCUGGAGUACGCCGCUGAGCUGCCCUCGCGCGAUACUGUCGACUCGAAUAUGUCGCAUAUGCUCGAUCGCAGCGACACGAGCGCAGCGCGCUUGACCAACGGCAAUGGCCUUGGGCUGGAGCAUGACAGCGGCAAUGAUACGGACGAGCAGGAGCCCAAGGCCAUGGAGCUCGAGGCGCAUGGCAAGACGCCCACCAAUGAGCCACUGCCAUUGGCAGCAGCUGCAGCGACAGCGGCAGCCGCAGCCGCCGCAGCUCCAAAGGCAACGACACCAACAAUUCUGGCGGCGGCGGGCACGGGCACUGUAAGUCCCAGCGCCGCCUCGCUGCGUGUCGCCUGGAAAAGUGAGUUUCCCGACAGUGAAAUUUUAGUUGCCGAAAUAAAUAAACUUUCAGGUCUAGGCAUUAGCCUCGAGGGCACCGUUGACGUCGAGUGCGGCAUUGAGAAGCGUCCGCAUCAUUAUAUACGCUCCAUACUCGAGGACGGCCCCGUUGGCCGUCAGGGCAUAUUGCGGCCCGGCGACGAGCUGCUGCAGGUGAACGAGCACAAGCUGCAGGGCCUGCGCCACAUCGAUGUGGUACGCAUACUCAAGGAGCUGCCGCCGCGCGUCAAGCUCGUCUGUGCGCGCGGCACACGCGCGCCCGCCGGCAUCAUCAAUACCUCGCAGAAUGCGGAGGCGUUUGAGUCGCGCAGUUUGCUGCCCGGCGGCCAUCAGAGUCUGCAGAAUCUGCUGAGCAAGGCGCAGUCGGAGAGCUCGCUGUAUACAUCGAGCACGGCUACGCUAACGGAUACGGCCGGAGCGGGUGCUGCGGCGCAGCGCUCCAAGUCGUUGGAGAAUGUUUCGGGACUGGCGCUUUGGAGUUGCGAGGUGACGCUGGUGGGCAUUGAAAAGACAGAGCAAGGCUUUGGCUUCUCCAUACUCGACUAUCAGGAUCCGCUGGAUGCGGAGGGCAGUGUUAUUGUGAUACGUGGCCUCAUACGCGGCGGUGCUGCCGAGGCCACCAACGAAAUCUAUCCCGGCGAUCGUCUCAUCAGCGUGGGUGAGCAUACGCUGCAGGGCCUGGAGCUGGGCGAAGCGGUGUCCAUACUCAAGUCUAUGCCGCCGGGAAAAACUAAACUCGGCAUCUGUCGCCCACUCUCCAAUUCGGACAGCAACAGCAAUAGCAACAUUGCCUCGCCCAUUAACGACUCAGCAGCCAGCAGCACAUAGUAGCAGGGGCAUCAACUCGAUUUGUGGCAGCAACCAGGAAAAUUCAUUAUGUAUUAUACGCAUAUGACCCUCAUAUCAGCCACUUGAACCAAACGCAGCAGCAGCAGAACCAACAACAACAACGACUGCAAAAACUAAAAGCAAAUAUACCAAAGCCCCGUUAUAAAUCAGAGAGUGUGUGUGUGUGUGUGCGGCAAUUUGUAUAUAGAGCUGACCAAACACCAACCAAACAACCACGCAACUAGCUACGAGUAUUAAGCAUUAUAUAUAUCCAAACUGCAUGUCAUAUGCAUAUGAAAUUUGCUGCAAUGCUGAUGCUGAAGUUGGGAACAACAACAUAACAAAUAAAUAGCUAGUUAUGCAUAUUUGACAUAUUCGAAACUAUUGUAAAAAUGCAUAAAUAUUUAAAAAUACUGUCAAAUGCAAUAAAUUGUUGUUUUGUCUAUAGCAACCACACAAAAGAAAAUAAUUGCAAUGCAGCAAUUUUUGCAUAACGCUGCUUUCUCUCUAGUCUUAGCGCUCUCAUUUUAGUGUAAAUACUUAAGCAUUUAAUUUUUGAUUGAAAUUAGCAAGAAUAUACAAGAAUUGCCUUUGGCAAGUAGCUAGCAACUUGUCAGUAGCAUUUAAGUAGUAAAUUUAAUAACUAUUUGCUAAAAAUCGUGUAUAGUGUGCACACAAAGGAAUCGAAAGCGUUGCAUAUGUUAUUAAACAAAUUCUUUGCUUAUGAAAAACGUUACAUUUAUACUAUUAAAUAGCAUGUAAAAUUGACGACCAAACAAAAGUGAAACUUUAAAGUUUAAACUUAAGCACACCAAUCAACACACACAUAUGGAAAUCAAUAAAUCUCAGUUAUUGGCGAACAUGAUUAGCAACAAUUGAUUAGACUGUUUUAUAGGCACUGCAAAUAAAUCUUCUAAAAAUAUUAACAAAACUCUUCAUCUAGUAGCAAUAAAACGUAGUUUAGUGGUUUCCAUACAUAGUUUCGAUUUGAAAUUUCUCGCUGCAAAUUACUAUUCAAAAGCUGAUUCAUAUAUUAAAGCAUAUAGACACACACAAGGCUUAUUAGUGAUAUUAAUUUUAAAUAAUACGAACACACAUCUUAGUUAGAGUCUUGAAAAUAAGUUAACAACAGCGCUGAGUUAGGCAGCUACUUAAACUGACGAAAAUGUUAACAAUUAAAUUAGUCAUAUACAUAAUUACUAUUACUUAAACUAUUUUAGUUAGAGUUCUGCAAUUUAGACAAUUUUCUUAAUCUACAAAUCUACAAAAUUUUGUUGCAUAAGCUCAGGCGCUAACUAUUCUCAGCUCUUAUUCAGCUUUUCUAUAUAUUUAUAUUUGUUCUCAUAACAAUGUUAGCACAUGCAAAUGAUUUGAUUCAUUGAUUUUUGCUAAAAACUGUAAAUAAAACAAAAAUAAGCAAUAACUGCAGCAUACGAAGCAACAAAACUAAAUCUAAGAUACACAUAACAGUUUAGAACAAAUACAUUGAGCCAGCAGCACUUAAACAAUAAGCAAAAGUCAACAAGUUCCAAGCAACUAUAAACUAAUACACACACACAUACAGAUACGCUCUUGCAAACACGCUUAUGCUCUCACACACACACACAAACACACACACACAGUCGUAGACAGCGACACACUUAGCCUGGCAGAACAAUUUAACAAUUAACAUUAAAUAUUAAAAAAAAAACACACACACUGUCUGAGCAAAAGCAAACUAACUAAAGCGAAAAGUGAGAGUAAGCUAAACUAAACUAAAAAGUAAAUACAAAUACAAAUACAUAUGUAUGUAUGCUGCGUAUGUAAAGUGAGUUAGCGUUAAAUAAACGAAUAUAAUAA